CUCCGCUGCCAGCCCACGCCCUCUCCCCCUCCCUCCCCCCUCCCACAUACACGCAUACCCGCACACACGCCCGCAGAUCCCCGCUCUGGCCCCUCCCUCCUGCACAUCUGCCUGCCUUCUCCGGGCAUCCCGUAGUGGGCUUUUCACAGAUCGGGGCGGCACCACCGGCUGCCUCCCCUCCGACAGUCGCCGGGCCUUGCCCCCUUCCCUUCCCUUCUUCCUGCCUCGGAAUGCAUAACCCCGGGAUGGGCACCCCGUCGGGCAGCAUGUCCUCGGUCAGCUCCGGUUCCGGCUCCGGCUCCGGCCCCGGCUCCGGUGCUGGUCCUGGUCCUGGUCCCGGCUCCGGCUCCGGCUCCGGCUCCGGUUCGGCGCCCGGGCCCGGGGCCUUCUCGUCGCCGGCCCCAAGCAGCGGCGAGGGCUUCCCCACCCCGCCGGGCGGGGCUCCUCCCACUUCGACCGCGGGAUUGGCCUUCUCUCCGGGGCUCCUGCCAGGCGCCACGGCAUAUGGCCCCUUUGCAGCAGCCGCAGCGGCGGCGGCGGCCGCCUCGCAUCCGGCUCUGCAGCAGUUUCAAUUGCUGCAACUUCUGUCUGCGGUGCAGGGCACGGCUCCUGGCGCGGCCGGGUCGGCCAGUGGCUCUUCGUCUGCUCCCGAGGCUGGGGCCAUCCUGCAAUCGGACCCGGCCAAGGCGGCGGCCACUGCCGCCGGCGCGCCGACCCUGCUGAACCAACUUCUCCUCAGUGGGGCAAAUCCGCUGUACCUGCAGCAGGCACAGCAGGCACAGCAUGCCCAGCAGGCACAGCAGCUCCAACUCCAGCUUCAGCAGGCGCAGGCCCAAGUGCAACAAACCCAGCAGGCACAGCAACACUUCGGUGGCCUGCCCUAUCUCCAGGCCUUCCAGCAUGGACUCCCUUCGCAGCAGCAGCAGCAUCACCACCACCAGCCGCAGCCGCAGCCGCAGCCGCAGCCGCAGCCGCAGCCGCAGCCGCAGCCGCAGCCGCAGCCGCAGCCGCAGCAACACCACCACCACCAGCAGCAGCAGCAACAGCAGUACCAGCAGCAGCAGCACCAGCAGCACCACCACCAGCAACAGCAGCAGCAGCAGCAGCAGCAGCAGUACCAGCAGCACCACCACCAGCAACAGCAGCAGCAGCAGCAGCAACAGCAGCAGCAGCAGCAGCAGCAGCAGUAUCAGCCGCAGCAUGCGGCCGAUCCCUCAGCCGAGCAUUUCACUAAGUCCAGCCCCGGGGCAAAUUAUUCCCCCAUGUCGGUACAUCCUGGCACCCCGAUCGGGGCGUCACCGCUCCAUGGGACGCGGCUUCCGGCCGGGGCUACACGGCGACCCUCCCUCUCGGCCGGUGGCCAGGGUCCCCCUUCCGAUGCCACUGGUCCAACGCAACCGAAUGGAUCGCCGAUGUCGGGCGCGCGCACCACCACGCCAGUCACGCCGGCGGCCGCGGCCGCCGCUGCGGCCGCGGCGGCCGGCUGCCCGGCCUCCAUGGCCGAGCUCCUGGCCAUGCCCAUGUAUUCGAGCCUGCUGCGUGCCGGGGCCGUCCCAUCGCUGGGAUCGUCCGGGCCUCCGGCCCAGCUCCCGGCCCCGGGCGCCGGCGCCCCCUCGGCCGGAUUCCCGGUCUUCUCGCCCGGCGGCAUCGCCGGGGGGGGGUCCCACCUGCCGGGGCAUGAGCUACUCCCCUCGGGGCUGGGGCUCGCGGCCUACGAGCGCCCCGGUGGCCUGUCCUCGUACGAGCGCCCCGGCAGCAUGAUGGCGGCCCCGGCGUACGAGCGCCCCGGGGUGCUGCCGGCCUUCGAGCGCCGGGGCGCCGGGCUGCCGUUGUACGAGCAGCCGGCCGCCAUGCCCGGGGGUCGGUUGGAUGGCGGCGGUGUUGCCGGCACUGACCCCACGUCGGUGGCCAUGCGCCAGCAAUUCACCCAGCUGGCCCAGCCGGAGGCGGCCACCGCCACCGGGACCCCGGUCGCCUGCGCAUCGCCCCUCGGCUCGCCGGGAUCCUCAUCCUCCGGCGGGGGCGGCUCCGGGCCCCGGUCCGGGUCUCGGUCCGGCGGUGCGCGCGGGUCCAUCGCCUCGACUAUGCACCGGUCUCGCAAGGACCGCUCCCUUGGUCGGCAGUGUCUGGCCUUCUUGGCCAUCUAUGGCCACGGCACCGAGCAGCAUGUGAGCCUCGACUUCGCGGCGCAGCGCCUCGGUGUCGAGCGCCGGCGCAUCUACGACAUCGUGCAUGUUUUCGAAAGCCUAAAGAUCCUCCGCCGCGAGGGCAAGAACCGGUACCGGUGGCUCGGGCUGGAGCGCAUCCUGGACGUGGUGGCCCUGCUGUCACGCAGCCCGGAUCUGAUUGCCCUGACUCCGGUUGCCGGUCUCGGCGGCGUGAACUUCGGCGGUCUCAAUGGCAUUGGCGGGCUCGGAGCGGCCAGCACCUUCAGCGGCACUGGCAGCACCGGCAACAGCGACAAGGCCGACAGCACCGGCACCGGCACCGGCACCGGCACCGGCACCGGCACCGGCAGCAGCAGCACCACCGGCGGUGGUGCGGAUGGCCCGGUUACGCCGGGCCCGCCCGGACCCGGCGGGGCUACUCUCGUCAUCCCCACCCUCCCCCGGGAUUUGGGGCACCUGUCGGGCGAGGAUGUCAACCUGUUCACGGAGCUGCGCCAGGACAACUCCCUCUCGCAGCUGAGCCUGCGCUUCUUGAGCCUCUUCCUGCGAGCUGGCAUGCUCGGCCAGCGGGUGACCCUGGACGCGGCGGCCGACAUCAUCCUGCGCGCCGAGGCCAUGCAGUACCGGUCGGCCCUGGACAACCACAACCAGCAGCAGCGUCAGCAGAAGCUGGCCGCAGGUGGCAACGGCGGCAGCGGCCAGGACUCCCCGGUCGAUGGGGGGUCCGGCGAAUCCAGCGCCACCUGCCCAGCCACGCCGCGUCUGCAAUCGGAGAGCCCGCCCCCGGGGAUGAGUCCCGCCUCGGGCCGGGAGUUCAUCAACUCCAAUCGCUCCACGAAGUAUCGCCGACUAUACGACAUCGCCAACAUCUUCGAGGCCAUCGGCCUGGUGGCCAAGUGUGACACGGAAACCGUGGAGUCCUUCUCGCGGGCAACCUAUGUGUGGACGCACCCGACCGCGGCGUCUCUGCUUGGGGCGGUCCCCUCGAGCCCGGAGUCGGUGCUGGCGGCCACGACCCCGCCACCGGCCGGCGGCACCGGCACCCCGGUCCCCAACCCCCAUCGGCACCUGGACGGGGUUCUCCUGCUGGCCGAGUCGCCGGUGCAGGGGGCCGGGUCUUCGGCCUCGGCUUCGGCCUCUCCGGUGGCCGGCGGCAGCCGGCGCGGGUCUGGCAGCGGGCGCCGGACCCCGGCAGCCAAGCGUGCGCGCCUGCUCGAGUCUCCGCUCGCCAGCCCGUCGAACCCUGCGCCCGGUGGCGCCGGCGGUCCUGCCUCCACCGCCUCGGCCGGCCCGAGCACCAGUUCUCCCUCGUUGGCGGCGGCCGUUGCCGCGGCCGCGGCCGCGGCCACCGCCAGCGCCGGUUCCCAGCCCGACGGCGCCACCAUCGGGCCCCAUCACUCCCCGCUGUCCGGACUGCCCCGAGGGGUGUUGCAUGUGACGCCGCAGCGUUCCUCCCCUUACUCCUCCCAGCACUCCCCCCACGUUCUCCCCCCUCCCCACCACCACCACCACCACCACCACCACCACCCCCACGGCGGAAGUGACCUCCAUCACAGCAUCCCGCACCACGGGAGCCUGUACCCCGGUGGCGGCGGCGGCGGCGGCGGCGGCGGCGGCGGCCAUCUCUCGCAGCCCCCUCACCACUACCAGCCCGGCGGGUCGUUGCACCACUAUUCCCUCCCGCACCACUCCGGUGGCCAGCAUGGCCCCUCGCAUCCCCCUGCCCCUUCCUCGCACCCGCAUCACGGUCAUCAUGGCGGUGGCUCCCAUGGCCCGGCCGGCGCGGCGAUCCCCCCGCCGGCCGUAGCUUCGACGCUCUUCGGCCAGGCGCAGGCGCCCUUCGCCGAGGCGACGCUGUUGGCGCGGUCGCCCUCCGCGGUGGCGGCCCUGGCCGCGGCGGCCGCUUCCUCGGCCACCCCCGCCGCCGGGCCCGGCACCGGCACCACCCCCCCCUCGGCGGUUGCCGGUGGCAAUGGCGACGGCGGCGGCCAGCGUCGUGUGGCCACCGAGGAGACCACGCUGGCCGGGCUCUUCGAUGUUGCGGCUCCGGCGGCCGGAUCGCCGGCUACCCCGGCCCGGUCGCCGGUCGUGCUGGCCGGGAACCUGCAGCCGCCGGCGCCGGCAGCCGGUGGCCCCGGCAGCACCGAUGGCCUGCCACCUAAUCUUCCCCCCCUCGCGCCAUCGGCCAGCCAGGCGCCCUCCCCCCAGGCAUCGAUCCUGCCUCCUCCUCCCUCCCUUUCUCCUCACCAUGCCCUUGUUGAUCCGCAGCACGCUGCCCACGCACGCCAGGCGCACCAGGCGCACGCGCGCCCCCAGCAGCCAUCCCCGGGUGGUGGGGCGGCUGCCACCGUUGCCCGGUCGCCGAGCGCCCCGGCCACCCCACUGGCUCCUGGCGUCGGUGCCGGUGGAAGUGCCGGCCCGAAGCCGGCCGCCUCUUCCGACGACCAGGGCUACGCGGCCCUCUCGCUGCUGGAUUUGAAGUCGGCCUCACGCUCGGCCGAGCGAGUUGCCGCCGGGGGCAGUGCCCCCGGCAGUGCUUCAGCCUCUCCGGCCAACCCCGGCCCCAUGGCUGGGCAGCCCCUGGCUGACUCGCCGGCCGGCCCGGUCCCUGGCGGGGGCAAGCCCACUGUGACGGUCGCUCGCCUGUCCUCCUCGUCUGCGGCCUCCGCCGCCGCCGCCGCCGCCGCCGCUUCCUCCUCCUCUUCGUGA